AUGAAUGUUUCCCAACUUAUUAAAGCCAUCCCAAAUGAAGCAAAGGCUGUAGAAUUUCUUCAAAAACGUGGUUUAAUUCCUGAAACAAAAGAAUGCGAAAAUAGCCAUGAAAUGAAGCUUUCUGUUGGCACAGUGUUCAGAUGGAAAUGUUUUCUUAGAGACUGCAGAAAACAGGUUGGAGUGCGGGUCGGAACAUGGUUUCAGAGGACCAAAAUGCCAUUUAUAUCAUUGGGCAAAUGA